GAGCAAGCUUGCGCGAACAGAUCAAUAAACCGGGCGAAACCCCCGGCACGUGGAUCGCUUUUACAGCCAUCCCCCUUUUAUUUAUGCUUUCUCCAGCAUCCAGCUUCUACUACUAUUGAUGCUACUGGUACUACUGAGGAGGGCGGUCCAGUGUUACAACUGUGUUCAACUUAUAUUUAUAUACUUUAUAUCUUAAAUCUUAUAUACUUUAUACUUUAAAUCGGAAGCUGGAUAUGGAUAUUCAGCUGGACGAUCCAAAUUAUUUUAGCUUGUACUAUUAUUUUUCAUAGUACUUGAUCUACUACAGUAUUGUUUAAUAUUAAACAAAAGAUAAACAGAUAUUAAUUAGUUACAGAGUUUAAGUUAGACGAUAUGUACAUCGCAGGAACAGCAGGAAUAGUAAUUUUUUACAGUACGAUUUUAGGAAUCAGUAUUUGGAGUGUUUUUACAAAAAGAAAAAAAUUAAACAGCAAAUCUUUUGAUUAUUUGAUACUUGGAAACCGUAAUAUUGGAUUAAUUUUAGGAAUUUCUACACUCGUUGCGACAUGGAGUGGAAGAGUUUUUAUCUAUGGUACUGUUGAAACAAUAUUUAGUAAAAAUUUGACUUGGUGUCAAGUCCCCAUUGGCUACAGUUUUAGUCUUCUUUUUGGCGUAAUACUGUUUAUUAAACCAAUAAGAAAUGAUAAAAAAUUUGUAACGAUACUUGAUCCUUUUCAACAAAAAUACGGCCCACGAUUGGGUAGCUUACUUUUUAUACCAACAUUGUUUAGCGAUGUCUUCUGGUGUUCAGCUAUAAUUAAAGCACUUGCAAGUACUAUUACUGUUAUUUUUAAAAUUGACAGUAAUAUCAGUAUUUCUGUAGGAUUAAUUAUUGUCAUAACUUUUACAAUACUUGGAGGAAUUUAUAAAACUAGUAUUGCCGAUGCUGUUCAAGUUAUUUUUUUGAUUAUUGGAUUGGGAAUGGCAACUCCUUAUGUGAUAUUAAAUCCAGCUGUGGUAUCUUUAGAAAAAAAUUUUAUUAAAAAUAAUGAUUGGCUUGGCGAGGUUGCUAUAGAAGACCUUGCUGAUUGGAUCGAUCGUUUAUUGUUGCUUACAUUUGGAGGACUAUCAUGUCAGAGUUAUUUUCAGCAAAUAAUGAGUAUAAAAAGUACAUCUAACGCUAAAAUAGUAUCAAUUAUAUCAAUGGUACUUUGUUUAGCGUUAACAUUACCAUCAGUAUUAAUAGGACUUGCUGCAAGAGAAAUAAAUUGGUCUUUAAUUGAUGAUAAUAAUAUUAAUAAAACUAGUUUAAGAGUUAUUAAUUCUGAUGAUACAAAUAAUGGAUCAAUUUUAACAAUUAUUUUGAAAUAUUUGACACCUCAAUGGGUUGGAUUUAUUAGUUUGGGAGCUAUUUCAGCUUCUGUAAUCUCUUCUUCUACUUCCAGUAUUUUAGCCAGUAGUUUUAUAUUUGUUAGAAAUAUAUAUAAAAUAACAAUCAGACCCAAGGCUUCUGACAAUGAACUUUUGUGGAUUUUAAGAAUAACUAUUGUUCUUAUAACUUUAAUGUCUGGUGGAAUUGUUUUUAGUAUUGGCAAUGCAAGUGUAUACUAUUUAUCAUACUUGGCUUCGGACUUUACCUACGUAAUACUAUUUCCUCAACUACUUUCUGUUAUUUAUUGGCCAUCACUGAUCGAUACUUACGGAUACCUUGCAGGCUAUUUAAUUUCAAUAAUUAUGAGAAUCGCCGGAGGAGAAAAAAAAUUAGGCCUUUGGCCACCAUUGAUUAAUUAUCCUUUUUUUAAUUAUCAAGCUCAAAAUCAAAAAUUUCCAUUUCGCACUCUAACCGUUAUAUCUUCAAUUAUAAUUCAAUUAUUUGUCAGUUUUAUUACAAAAAGUAUAUUUACUCAACAUAAUACUGGUGAUAAUAAUCACAAAAAGACAUUUUGCCCAAAAUGUUGUGAUUUUCUCGGUAUUUAUUCUUUAUCUGGUAAAAAAGGAUCAAAAAAACAGUCCAGUGUUGCUCAAAGUAGCUCAGGUGCUGCACUAAUUCUUGAUGAUUCAGCUAUUGAAACUCAGGAAAAUUCAUUGCGUGAUGGAUGUGAUUCAACUGAUAGUCAAGAAGAAUUAACAGCGACAUUAGUUGAUAAUAAUAAUUAUCAUCAUCAUCAUCAUCAUCAUCAUCAUCAGUAUAAUAAAAAUCACAACCAACAACAACUCCAUCAAGAUUCAUCGUCAAUAUCUAAAAAAAUUUUUAAAGAAUCGAAUGACCCAAUAAACUUGAAUAAUUUUAAAGGUGAACAUACACUUCGCCGCGGUAUGAGUGUUCAAAACACUCCUGUCACUCGGGUUGAUCGUAGUGCUUUUUUAAAAAAUUCCACUCAAACACCAGGAAGAAAUAAUAACAAUAAUAAUAAUUUAGAUUCGGAACAAAUUUUAGCUGUAAGAAAUUUAAUUCCAGUUUCUUGUUAUUUAAAAACCACCAAUGGAUCACCAAAUAAUAUUAAUUUAUUAAAUCACAGUAAUAAUAGUAAUAAUAAUACAACUAGUGUUACAUCAACACCAUCUUUUUCUAAUCAAUCAUACAACAAUUUAACAUUAAAUUCUUCUACUGUGAUAUAUGGAAAAUUAGAAAGCAUAAAAAUAACAAAAGAUAAAGAAAAUAAAUCAAGUGGUGUUAUUUCGGGGGAUCGAAGCUUUCUAGAGUUAAAUCUAAAUCAUAAUCUAAAUAAUUUAAAAGAUAGUAAAGUUGAAUCUGGUAGUGGUGUCGGAGGAGCAGUAUCAUCAUUAUCAUUAAUAUCUACUGGAAUUGUAAAGAAAAAUGUUGUUGGUGUGAAACUUGUUGGUAUGGAUGGAAUGACUAUGACUACCUUGCGACGUCCUUCUCAAAGCACAUUUUCGCCAACACCAUCUGUUGAAUUAGUCAAUAUUUUAGACAAUAAAAAACAAUGUGGUGCCGCCGGAGAAUCAAGUGUCAGCGGACCAAUAUCAUUAUCACCAAUACCAACGUCUACUUUGGGAGUUGAAGCCUGUAAAAUUCAUGGUACUUCUGUUGAUGGUUCAGGUAAUGAGCACUGUCGAAUAAAACGUGGAAUUGUACGGCAUCACAGUUUUAAUGAAACUGGUGAUAGAACAUUAACUACUCUUGCUCGACAACCAGCAUAUCCAUCAAUGCCAUUACGUACAGAAGACUGUAGAAUUACGGUAUUAACGACUAAUAAAAAAGACCGAAAAACAAGUGGUAGCCAUAUAGUUAGAUAUUCUUCAGUAUCUGAUGAAAAGGAUCAUAGCAAUCGUUUUAUUGCUGGUUCUACUGGAGUAACUGGAGUAACUGGAAUAGGAAAUAGACGUGGGCUUGUUAUAAGUCCUACUUAUGGCAUUUACGGAUCAACGAUCACUCCUACUGACAUUAAUUAUACCACCACUUUUAAUUAUAACAAUACCAAUAUCAAUAACCAAGAUGAUAAUGAUAAUAACGACGAUUAUCAUGACGACCAAGAUAACAAUGAGGCAAUUAGUAAAUUUUAAUUAUUAUUACUAUGCAAUAUAAUAUUUAUAAUUCGAUGCCAAAAUAGUUUCAUUUCGAUAAAUAUCUUUUUUCAUUUAUUGUGUUUCGGUAUUAAGAUAUUAUAUAAUACACUCUACAUCAAUUAAAAUUAAAACAACUUUGUACAAAGUAAUACUUGCUCAAUUUUACUGAUAAAAACAAUAUUUAUAACAAUGUAUAUAUAA